CGAAGGUGGACUCGCUUUCAGUGCAAUCAUCCACAUUGCCAUCCUUUCCAGUGCCGUUUCGGCCAGAAUCGUCCAGGCUUGUCCUUUCAAUGAGCGAUGGUUCUUACUUCAUAUCUCUCACGGAUUUGUUUACUCACAUCUCUUUUCGGGAUGACCGCGCCGCAUUCAGCAGGCGCGGUGUCUCUCGCAUUCCGCCCUGCUGAGUCGUCAAUGUCGUGGAGCAUUGCGAACAAGACCGACACUGGCAAGGAAAACGUCAGCGCGCAGCUCUCGAUCGCGCGCACGGUGCGGGACAUGGCCCAGGAAUACGGCUACGAGGCCGACCGCAGCCGCAGCGAGGUGAGAACGUGGAUGUAUGUCACGAGCGUGGCCUGGAUCGCCGUGCUCGUCAUGCGGCUGUGCUACCCGACGGCGUACACCUCUGUGGAGCUGAUGUUUGCCAGCGCCCAGCUGAGAGCGAAGCAGGCUGGGGCGGCCGCCCGGCACUCGGCGCGCAGCCCCCACCCGCGCGCCGACGUGGCCGGCACCACCAACGACUUCCUCACGAGGGUAGCCACGGACUCCUGGGGCGGCACGCAGCCCGCGGAGCAGCGCCGGGCGGUGGCCCUGGAGCCAACCUGGCUCUGCCCGCAGCUCAUCCGGGGGGGCAGCUGGCCACAUGCUGCGCUGCACGCUGCCGGGCACGCACCCCGGGGAGGGCCACCAGGAGGCCGUGCUCGUGCGCAGCAGCACGGACGGCACGCCGCUGUUCCAGGCGCGGGUGCAGAUCGGGAACUCGGAGGUCGUCAUCGUCGUCCUCCUCCGCCGGCGCCUCCCCUCGAGGCGGCCAUCGUCCUGGAGACGGUGCGGGGCGAGGAACGCCUCGGCUCCCUGUCCGCAAAGGAGGCGCACGGGGAGGAGCCCGAGAUGGAGAUCGCGAGGGCCUGCGGGGCGAAGUUCGGGUCCGUGCGCAGGGCGGAGGCGGGGGGGCACGUCAUCGCCGGCAGGACGGGGGCGCCGGUCCUGCUGCUCGGUGGGGAGGCGCAGGCCUCGACC